AAGCAUUUUUGACCCUUUGCACUUGCCGUAGUCGAAGCCAGCGCCAUGGUGCUUGUCAACUGACUCAAAACUUUUGACGUUACAAACUUUCUGAACGGAUAUGUAGCUAGCUAUCUCUAGUGAAAGAUGGUUUCGGGCGCUCCUUCUUAGACCUUUUAAAACCAUAUCGGACAUCAGAUGAAAAGAACAACAACAAUGAUCUUCAAGAUGUAAAUGUUUCUGCGUGCAAGUGACCGGUGCAAAUAUGCAUCGCUAUUAGCUGACGUUUACGUUAGCUAGUUAACGUAAGCUAGCUACUUUCAACAAGUUGGCUAGCCAGUAAACCUAACGUUAGUUAAACCUAAUUUUGGCGUCGCCGAAUUUAAAAUGUCAUAACGGACAACAAACCGACUAUAACUAAUUAAAGUUCGUGGUUUUAGCUUUGGAUAUUUAGUCUUUCAUAUAAAAAUGUGUCGAUUUCUACGCUACUGUGUCAGUCACUGCCUUCAUGCAGCGAUGACCCGGCUGGAGGAAGUCAACGGAGAGGUGAGCAUGUGGUCGUCUGUCCGGUGGCUGGGCUACCUGUCCGGUCUCAACCUGCUGGUCGCCUUGUGUUUGGGGGUCUAUGCCCGGUGGGAGAGGACUGAGGAGACCACUCUUCUUGUUAUUUUCGUUCUGGCUCUGAUUGUCCUCGGAAUAGCAAGUAUAGUGUACUACUACUUCAGCAUGGAGAGGGUCAGCCUCAGUCUCCUCCAUCUGUGGUUCGGGUUUUUGCUGGGACUGCAGUGUUUCCUCAACAGUCCCGCCCUGGAGAGCGACGUGAAGGAGCAGGUGGCCAACUACCUUCUGCUGGCCAGCGUGGCUCUGAGGACGCUGUGGGCGCUCCUGGAGAGACUGUUCGGUGCUACUAGGUACCGUCCUGCCUUCCUCACCUCGGCAGAGCGGCUGGAGCUAGUGGGCUUUGCCUCCGCCAGCACGGCACUGCUCGCCCACAAGUCUUUGAGCGUGAUGGUGCUGGUGGUGGCGCUCGCCACGGUCAUGGUUGCCCUCCGGAUGAAGGCUCUCUUAGCUCUUCCCAACUUGGUCUGCUUCGCUGUCAUCACCGCCCUGCUGUUCUUCAAGUCUCUGAGCAUCACCAUCAACCCUUUCGCCCUCGCCUGCUUCUUUAGCCAGCUCAUCUGCGACCCUCUGCUGGAUGUCUACUUCAGUGGUCUCUCUGUGACCGAGCGCUGGCAGCCUUUCCUGGUGUGGCGGGGCCUGUGGCGCCGGCUGUCCCUCCUGCCUCUGCUGCUGGUGGAGGUGGCCUUCAUCAUUCUGGCCGCUCGGAAGCUGAACGAUCUGGACCAGUGGUACCUGGUGAUCCCAGGCUUUGUUGUCUGUGUGCUCUUCUGGGCCAUCUGCCACGUAGUGUUUGUCAUCACAGUGUGGGGCUUUCACACCAAGCUCAGUGAGUGCCAGAGGCAGUGCCUGUCCCAGGGGCCAGAUGUCAGUGGCCUGGACAAGGUUAUGGCCUCUAAGGGCAUGAGACAUUUCUGCCUCAUCUCUGAACGCCUGGUGCUCUUCUCGCUGGUGUCAACUGUUGCUGUUGCUGCUCUUUGUUGGCAGGCCUCCAGCAGUAUCUUUGUGAGCGUGUUCCUUCUUGUCCUGCCUCUGGAGUCUCUGUUCCACGGGCUUUUCCACGAGCUCGGGAUCAGCCUGGGAGGAACCUGUGUGGGCUACGCAGUGGUCAUCCCCACCAACUACUGCAGUCCAGACGGCCAGCCCAUGCUGCUGCCUCCAGGCCAGGUGCUGGAGCUGAACAGGCGCUCUACAGGCAUGUUGAACGAUGUGCAGCGCUUCUUCGGCCACCACCUGAUUGAGACUUUUGGCUGCGACUAUUCCACCAGCGGGGUGACCCAGGAGGCUCUGCAGGCCAAGAUCAAAUCCUUCUUGGAGCUUCGCACGGCGGAUGGGCCUCGCCACGACACCUACAUGAUCUUCUACAGCGGUCACAGUCACCGCUCUGGAGAGUGGGCACUGGCAGGAGGAGACACUCUUCGCCUGGAUCAGAUCUUGGAGUGGUGGAGGGAGAAGAACGGCAGCUUCUGCUCACGCCUCAUCUUGGUGCUCGACUGUGACAACUCGUUGCCGUGGGUAAAGGAGGUAAGGAAGGUGGAGGGUCUGUACGUGGCCGUGCAGGGAGCGACACUCGCUCGAGUGACAGAUGCUGAGCUGCAGGACCCCCCGCAGCUCGGGGACUUCACCUCUCAGUGGGUGGAGUAUAACUGCAACUCAAACAGCAACCUCCAGUGGUCUGAGAGAGGCAGGCCGGUGUCUGCCGUCUACGGCAUCUCCAAAUACUGGAGCGACUACACGCUGCACCUACCGACAGGAAGUGAUGUUACCAACCACUGGAGGGUGUACUUCCCUCGGAUGACGUACCCGGUGGUACAGCUGGCGCUGUGGUGCGGCGGUCUGAACGUGCUGUGGUUCUGCAGCAUCUUCCUGCGAUGUCUUAAGAGAAUCAAACUUAACUGGUUUCCACCAGCGAUACUGGACACUGGCCAAGGCUUCAAACUGGUCAGAUCAUAGAAAUAUAGAUACAAAAAAAAAAGAAUAUAUUUAAAAACAGAGUCUUUUCUAGAAGUCGGCGAGUGUCUUUCGGACCCUGAAAAUAGGCAGCUAUUGGAUUGUUACCGCAUCGCUAACUAGUGUCCUGUUAGUUACUGCAAAACUAAUCACGUAGUUACUGAUACCGAUUGCUCGGUUUGAUUUUUUUAUUUUAUUUUUAGUUCCUUUUGUAAAUGUUUAUAUUAAUGUGUGUGUUAAGCUUUGAUUUAGGGAUCUGAACAUCCCUGUCAAACAGAUAUGUCAAUUUGUGGGAUGAGACUGAGCACAUUGACUGUAUUUUUGCACAUUUUUGCAUCGUAUUUACUGUUCGAUCUGAAGUGAUUCCACCUUGAUUUUAAGAAAAAUUGUGCCUUUUUUUUAUCGUAAAAUCGCCAAAGAACAUCCAGCUCGCUAGGCUGAUUUUUAAUAACCUUUUUAACCAAAGUGGCCGUGGUACAUUUUCAGAGGAAGAUCUCAGGCAUAAAUCAUAUGAGCAGCAUUUAGUCUAGAGCUCAAAAUGUUGUAUUUUGAUUGUGAAAUGAUUCCUUUUACACCCCUCUGUGCUACACUAUGCAUUUGACACUCCAAGCUUUGAGUAUAUUCAAUGCACUACUUUGUCUGUUUUAACAGCAUUUUGCAAUGCUUUUAGGGGUCAUUUUUAAAUACUCUCCAGCUGUUUCAGGGAGUCCAGAAAGAGUUUUUAUUUUAACUGUACUGAUGAAUGCACUACACACAGAUGUGUGCGAACUACAGUAUUUAGGUCAUAAUAAACCCUAGGAAUUAAAUGCAUCACAUGAUGGGAUCCAUUUUCUUCCUGAGGUUUAUUGCAGUUUACUGGGCUAUGCAAAAUGAUUCAAGUGAAAGAUGGGUGAAACUAUGCAAUAAAGGAGAAGUGGGACUUCACUGCUCAAA